GACACAAAUUCAUUUUGUUCGUUCGAUCGCAUUAUUUCCGCGAAAAACGGCGCAUUGCGAGGCAUAAAAAUUGCAAAAAGCAGGAAAAAUUCGUGCGAAUUGUGCGGUGACACGCCUGGAUGCGAAUUCCAAUCAGAAUUAAUCGGGAAUAAGGAAGUUAAUACCAAAAAGAAAACAAAUUUCAAUGUCAUAGACGCCCGUACGAGAACAUACACACACGGGGUGACGUACGAAAGUAAAAGUGCCAUUCCGUUCCGAUUCCGCGACACAUUUCGAUCGAGAUUCCGAUUUGUUUUGCGUACCGUGUUUGUGUCGUACGUGCUGUAGGUGUCCCACAGACCUAUAUAUGCAGCUCGAGUUCGCUCUCUUCCUCUCCAAACGACUCGGUAUCGCGUAAUACUUUGUUAUGUUGUUCGAAAAUGGGUUCUAAAAUCCAGAUUGUUUCCGUGUUUCAAUGAUUUAAGUUCGUUUCCCUUUCGCCAUCCACGGGAAUCGCAUUGACACAUCGUCCGCCGAACUCGCAGCAGUGCCCCGAACGCUGCAAAAACAGUGCAAAGUGAUUCCAAUAAGAAAAAAAGUGUUUGAAUGGCAUUAAUUAGUGAUUUGUGCAUGAAUCGAGUAGUAGUUAAAAUAAUAAUAAUAAAAUAGAAGAGAUUGCGGGUCAGUCUGUCAAGGUUUUUUCAAAGUGUCAAGGUGUGUAGUGAACAAAAACACAAAAGAAAGAAAGAAAAAUGUACGAAGAAGCAGCAGCUAUGACAACAACACCAACAACAAGUGUCGUCAAACAAUUAAAUAACAAUGCAUUACCCUCGAUAGCAUCCGCAUCGCAUCAACUCAUAAACAUUUCGAGUGCAAAUGCUGCCAAUAUCACUGUCGCCAUCGUCUCUACUUGCGACCAAGGGCAGCCAAAUCCCGCUCUCACAAUUUCCGAGCCUUCGUCGUCGUCGGGAUCCGCGUCGUCCUCCUCCGUCGUCCCGCUGCAAAACCUCCAAUCAUCCGCUAGUCAUGUCGCGAUUCUCUCGGGCGGUCGCAAAAUCAUCAUCAACAACAACAGCAUCACCGAAGGCUCUUGUUCACCCACCUCCCAAACGACGCUGUGUCUCACGACGACCUCCUCGUCGCCAAAUGACGCAUUGCUCGGCCCCACGAAACCAAAUACUAACAAAGCCAUUAUUCCAAAUAGUAAUUCUACUAGCAACAAAACCAACGUAAUUGUCUCCACUCACCAAAUCCAAACGGAAGAUUACCAACAAAUGCUGCAGCAGCAGCAGCAACUUAUUAUUACCACAACGACAGUUCCUACCGUGAGUCAUCAAACGUCGUCGUCUGACUCCCAAACGAACGCCGCCCUUUGCGAAGUAACGACUUUGCAGAAUCUCGUUACCACGAGUGAACAAGUGACGCCAACAACCUCCGGGAUUAUCGUGCAAGCGAAUAACGAAACGACGACGGAGGAUGCGAACGGAUCCAUGUCAGCUGAUAAUAUGGUCGAAUUCGACAUUCAGGAUUUGAAUAAUUGUAGCACCGAUGACACCAGCGAAGGUUACGCAGGUGGCGGCGGUACGGGCAACGGGAAUGGAAAUGGAGGCUCGAGCAAUGCCGAUAACAAUUCGAGCAACUCCCAAAAUCCCGGUUACAUUUCGAUAUUUCCGUCGGUGGCGGCAGGAUUGCCCGAUCAGACGGACUUGAAAGAUAUCAUCGAGGAGCUGUGUCCCGUUUGCGGUGACAAAGUCUCCGGAUAUCACUACGGCUUGCUCACGUGCGAGUCGUGCAAAGGUUUCUUCAAACGUACCGUACAAAAUAAGAAAGUUUAUACGUGCGUCGCCGAGCGCCAGUGUCACAUUGACAAAACGCAGCGGAAACGUUGUCCCUUCUGUCGGUUCCAGAAAUGCUUGGAAGUGGGCAUGAAACUCGAAGCUGUUCGAGCUGAUCGGAUGCGUGGCGGUCGCAACAAGUUCGGACCAAUGUACAAGCGAGAUCGAGCGCGAAAAUUGCAGAUUAUCAGACAACGACAACUCGCAUUGCAGGCAAUUCGUGGCAUGAAUGGGCAGGAUAAUUCGCUAUCUCUCUCACAAUCAAGUUAUCAGACACCGUAUUCGAGUAUGCAGAUCAAACAAGAAAUUCAAAUUCCACAGGUGUCAUCACUUACUUCAUCACCUGACUCGUCGCCGAGUCCGAUUGCCAUCGCACUUGGGCAAGUUAAUCAACCAAACAACACCGCAACCACUCUCUCAUUGUGCGGCAGCGGUCAAUCGAAUAAUUCUAGUUCCACAACAAACACAGCUACCACAAUACCAACGCAGCUCUCCGACUCGAAAAUCUGGAUGGCAAAUUCGACAACGGCAUCGCCCCAUUCACUUAGUCCCAAAACUUUCAACUUUGACUCAAGUACAAAUCCAUCGAGCACCGCAGACACGGGCAGCACUCAAGCCGAGACCUUAAGAGUUUCCCCAAUGAUCCGCGAAUUCGUCCAGUCCGUAGAUGACCGAGAAUGGCAAACGUCACUCUUCUCGCUGCUCCAGAGUCAAUCGUACAACCAAUGCGAGGUGGAUCUGUUUGAAUUAAUGUGCAAAGUAUUGGACCAAAAUCUCUUCUCGCAAGUUGAUUGGGCGCGAAACACAGUAUUCUUCAAAGAUCUUAAGGUUGACGAUCAAAUGAAAUUGCUGCAAAAUUCCUGGUCCGACAUGCUCGUGCUCGAUCAUUUGCAUCAGCGGCUCCACAAUGGCUUGCCCGACGAAACGACGCUCCACAACGGCCAGAAAUUCGAUUUGCUCGGUUUGGGAUUGCUCGGAGUACCGUCGCUCGCCGACAAAUUUGCCGAGAUCCAGAAUAAAUUGCAAGAGCUGAAAUUCGACGUUGGCGAUUACAUUUGCAUGAAAUUCCUGCUGUUACUUUGUCCCGACAAUUUUCAAAAUAAUGCUACAGAUGUACGCGGCAUCACCAAUCGCAAGUGCGUCCUUGAGGGAUACGAGAACGUUCAGGCAGCCCUGCUCGACUACACGCUCACGUGUUAUCCAUCGGUUACAGAUAAAUUCAGUAAAUUGCUCAGUAUUAUACCAGAAAUUCAUAUGAUGGCAUCUCGAGGUGAAGAGCAUUUGUAUAUGAAACACUGUCAAGGAAGUGCACCGUCCCAAACGCUCCUCAUGGAAAUGUUACAUGCAAAGCGAAAAUAAGCGUCGUCAUCUAAAAAAAAAUAUAAAAAAAUUAAAAUUUGGUGUUCUACAUUUUAAACUAAAUUAUUUGGUCAUCCAACAUCUGUGAGAUGACUCCGUACUAUUAUUACUAUUAAGACGAAUAGAUGUGAAAACAAAAAAAAAUACUUAAUUUGGAGACAUAAGUAUUUGAAUGAAGCUGUUCUGUCCUUCUUUUGUAAAUAUAUUUAAAGAAAAAUAUAAAAAAAAAUCUUCCCAGACACAUUCACCAAGAACAACACGAACAUCACGAGAAAUUGUACUACUAGACAACUUUUAAGGCGCAUCACUUGAUUUAAAUUUUAAAACCCGUUUAAAAAAAAUAAAUAAAUGUUAUAAAAAAAUAUAACUUUAAAAAAAAUAAAUGUACAAAAAAAAAUUGUGAGAGAAUUUUAACAAAACACAAAAAAAAAUAAUUUUGACGUAAUUAAUGUCCUGAAAUACUUAAAAAAAAAAUCAUAAAAAAAUAUUUAUAAUUAAUUUGCAAAAAAUUUAGUGAUUAAAAAAAUAUUUUGUUUUAGAGUUGAGCUCAAACGUUUUUUUUUAAUAAUAAAAAAAUAAUUAAUUUAAAAUUUAGUUUAUAAAAAAAUUAAUUUUAGGCAAAAAUAAAAAAAAAUAUUAUUAUUUGGUAGAGCAAAAAAAAAAAUCAGCAAGUGUGGCGCAAGUUUGACAAAAUUAAAAAAAAUACGGCAAUUGCUGUGUGCCAAAGAAGAAAAGAAGAAAAAAAUUAACGUAAGAACGUGUUACCAUAGCUUCUCAGCGAUUUAUGUUUAAAAAAAAACGAAACUAAAAACUUUAAAAAAGUUAAAAAAAAAGGUUUCGCGUGCAAUUUUUAAUGUUCAGCUUCAUUACAAAUGAUCGUAACAAAACGGCUUAAAAAGCUUGAUGGCCUUUAAUGAUACAAAAAAAAUAUAUCGGAUCAGAGUUACCAACCCUCUUUAUCCCUGUGUUUGCU